AUGACCUCACCACACGAAACUCAACCACAAAGAUCUCAGAGUUUCGAAGGGCACCGUUUCAGUGGUCAAGAUGGUGGUGUUGGAAUCGAAGUUAAUCUACAACAGCUUAUAAAUGAACGUAAUCUAUUACGGUCACAGAACGAUCAACUAUGGAAAAUCAUAGAGAGACAAAAGACUGUAAUAACUAAUCUACAAAAAGAUAACCAAAAGUUGACUUACGAAAGAGAUAGACUCGUUGUCAAGUUAAAGGACUCGGAUAUUAGCUUAAAUCGCCAAGAAGACGGUUUCACAUUCGUUCCAUCACCCUUAGCACGCCAAGCACCACAGGAAAUUGGGAAUUCAAAUCACCAGUCGAAACCUUCAUUACCACAAAAAAUUUUCCGAACACAAGAACAGAAACGAGCACCCUUCACACCAGAGAUGGAGCGACGAGACUCGGAGGCAUCACAACCAGAGACCUCCGGUUCUUUACCAGGUCUCUAUGGUGACUCCGACCCACAAUAUCUUCCUCCUGUAGUUGUUAGUGAGCCUUCACCGGUGAAAUCAAAUGGUAUGUUUCAGGAUAUGAAACAACAAUCGGAGUUCUCCAUUUCGCAACGGGACGAAAUGAAUCAAAAUGAUUCAUUGACCGAUAAAAACCAUGCACGUUUGCCUCAAGACUUGGAACAAAAUUUCCAAACAUCCAAGCAAUAUCAAGGAUCUCAACCGUUAUUGCAAAAUCCUCCCUCACCAUCGAUAUCAAUUAAGUCUUCAGAAUCAGGAAGUUUAAGCAGUGGUGGAGUUAGUCAACAUAAGCGUCAUAGUACAAUACAAACUAUUGACACCGACUUAGACUCGCCAAAGUUCCAACGCAGUCCCGAACCUCUCUCAUUGCCUAAUUCGCCUCGCAACAUGCCUCCGCGUUCACCCGGCUUACCAUCAUCCCCUAGGGCCUUCCUCUACGGUGCUGCCGAUUCGACAAAAUUACAGCGACGGAGCAGCGAAGAACAACUACUAAAAAGUUCACGUGUACAAAGUUUGGAAAACGGCCAAACAUUGGAGAAACCGGAUCCCGUCAGGUCACAGUCAUAUCCACAGAACGAUGAAACCUCUUCGAAGGUGGUUCCUGGUGGUGAUUCUGAGAGUGGUUCCAAUGAUUCACAGAGAGAUUCUCUCACUCACAAUCACAGUGAUCCCAACCUUGGUAAUGCUUUCUUGGAAUCAGAUAACAUUCCAAAAGACAAAUCUUUGAGAACGAGCAAAUCUUUUAGCCAUAUCUCUCAAAGUCCACGAAAUCGCGUUUCUGUGAUACCCCCGGUGGACCAAAAUCCCGCUAUAGGUAAUAACACGUUAUUUAUCCCUGGAAAUCAAGGGAAGCGUCAUAGCGUUCUCAUGCAGCAACACCAAAGUCAAGAAGACAUUCCACCUGUUGAGAGCGUGAUACAACACACAGGAAAUAAAGAAUCUCUCCCCGAUGCUAACAUAAUGACCGGCCCUUCGAACGGCCGACCAUCACAACCUCAAAUAUCACAACAAUCAUCACAACUUCAAAUAUCACAACAAUCUUCACAACCUCAAAUAUCACAACAAUCUUCACAACCGCAGAAUUCCGGUUCAACCUCUCAGCAAUCGCAGUCAUCGUCUCGUUCCGAAAAUCCCAUGGCCAUAUCCUCGGAGUCCAUAUCCGGUAUUGCGGUUAAGGUCGUUGGUAGCAAUAAAAAGAUAAAUGAUAAAGGAAAAGAGGUUUUAUCCUUCAUAAUAUCUGUUGGGCAAGCCAGAGUGGUUGAUGGUACUAUAGUUGGAAUGGAAAAAGAGCUAUGGAGGGUUGAGAAAUACUAUUCCGAUUUCCUCGCUUUGGACGCGAAGAGGAUUGCAAAUAAGAUGAAAAAGUUACCCGAUAAGAACCUGUUCUAUAAUAACGCACCGAGUAAAGUAGAUCAACGAAAGAUCGCUCUUGAACAAUACAUCCAACAUGUGAUAUCAUUACCAAUGAAAGAUUCCAAAGAUUUAUGCGAAUUUCUCAGCGCCAAUGUCAUUGAGCAGGAUGAAAAAGAUUAUCAGCAAUCCGGUUUCAAAGAAGGCUACCUCACAAAAAAAGGAAAGAAUUUUGGUGGUUGGAAGUCGAGAUAUUUCGUACUUGAUUCUCCAAUUUUUAAAUACUAUGAAAGUGUCAAGAGUGAUGCUGAAAGAGACGAAUGGGUGGAGGCACUGUUACAAUAUGUAGGCGUAACGGAAGAUGAAGUCCAAGAGAAGAGUAAACAAAAGAAGGACAAAAGGAGAUUAUUAAAGGAAACCAUCGUAACUCCUGAGCAAGUCUUGAAAGAAAAUGGUCGUCAUGAUAGGAAGAAAGGCAACAACGAUUCCAUAUCAAGCACUAAUUCGAGCAUGCUUUCUCUAAAUACUCUUAACGUUGGUACACUAAAUGUUCGCGAGGAUGAUCGUGUAAUGGUUCGGAGUGGAACUCCUGAACCUCGGGAAUCUUCGCUGGUCUCCUCUGUCGUUGGUAAUCCUUCCUCUCAAAGCUCCUGGGAUGUACAGUCUCAUGAUCUGAUAUUAGAAAAAAAGGAUCGAAAGAAUUCAAGGAAAACUUUCUUUGGAAACAUGUUUGGAAGCAGUCACAAAGAUGAUAAGAAAAAAUAUCAAGACCCGCGACCUGACCCGUCGCGAGUUGUUUUUGGCGUUCCUUUGGAACAGGCUAUUUCCGUGGUGCGCAUAAAAGAAGGAUAUGAACUUCCCGCAGUAGUUUAUCGAUGCAUAGAAUAUCUGGAUGCAAAAAAUGCUUCAGAGGAAGAAGGAAUUUAUCGUUUAAGCGGUGCAACUGCUACGAUCAAGUUAUUGAAAGAAAGGUUUAACACUGAGGGUGAUGUCGACCUGUUAAGUGAAGGAGGGUAUGACGUGCAUGCAGUAGCUGGUUUACUGAAACUCUAUUUAAGAGAAUUACCUACUAGUGUGCUUACCCGUGAGCUACACAUGGAGUUUUUAAACGUCAUUGACCUACUUGACCGACGAGAUCGAAUCAAUGAACUUGGUCGUCUAGUGUCCACUCUCCCUCUAUGCAAUUACACAUUAUUGCGAACAUUGGCGAGUCACCUAAUUCAAAUUGUUCAAAAAUCUGACAUCAACAAGAUGACCGUACGCAAUAUAGGAAUUGUAUUCGCUCCUUCUUUAGGAAUUCCUGCCGGUGUUUUCAGUCUUCUCAUGGCCGAAUUCGAUUACAUUUUUUUCACUGAUAGCGAUGGUUCUGCCGCACCCAGAACCAUUGAAGAUACACCCAAGGACGAACCUUCGACGGUUGCCGCAAAAAUAAUUGUCCUCUCUGACGCAGAAAAUUCUCAUAAGUUGAAGAAUAAUAGUAAUAAUGAUGGCGAUUUUGUUGCCCUAUCACCGACAUCUGCUUUUCGUCGCAGGGAUAUAAGGGACGAUCUCAAUGGCAGGAGUAACCGGAACAGUGUACAUUAUAUGGAUGGUGCACCGGAAAUAGUCGUUGGACUGGAACGGAAGCUUACAGGAAAAUCAACCUUUAGUCGAAAUGAUUCAUCAGAUGACGAAGUUGACGAUCUUGCUCUUCAGGCAGAAGAGGAUGAUGUCGAAAGCAUAUCGUCUGCUUCGUUCGACGAUCGUGCCACAUCUACACCGCCAGUUUCUGUACCAACUUCUCCUCGAAAUGUGCCGGCAACACUUCCACGAUCGAAUUAUCCUUCCAGUUUACCUCAGACAGGGUUGUCGGAUGAUACAGCGGCGUCAGAGCUAGGGUCUUAA